UCAAGGGUGGUAACUAAAGCUUCAACAUUGAUCAGAGUUGUUUAGUACUAUCCAAAUACAAUCAAAUGCAAUUUGUGCAGUUUGUGAUACCUAGCCAUGCUGACAAUGUUUGGAGUUGAGUCAAGUGGAUUCAAUUUAUCCAUUGGCCUUUUCCUGCUAUUCUUGGUCCUUCUGUACUGGUAUUCCACCUUGCCCUAUUCAACCUUGCAGCGAUGUGGCAUCCGACACCCCAAACCAGCUCCGUUCCUAGGAAACAUGAUGCUGUUUCAAGAUGGUUUCUUCCAAGCUCAGAGAGACCUGAUCAAACAGUAUGGACGAGUAUGCGGUUAUUAUCUAGCCAGACAGGCAGUGGUGGUGAUAGCUGACCCAGACAUGCUGAAACAGAUUAUGGUGAAGGAUUUUCAGAAGUUCCCAAAUCGAAUGAGGCACGGUUUGAGGCAGGGCUACUACAUUUUUAAGUUUUUUAAGACAGCUACAAAGCCGAUGUCAGACAGUCUUGUCAUGCUAAGGGAUGAACAGUGGAAACGAGUGCGCAGCAUCCUGACACCAACCUUCAGCACAGUCAAAAUGAAAGAGAUGGUCCCUCUUAUCCAUGAAGCUACAGAAACUUUACUGAAUAACCUGAAGGCUUAUGCAGAGUCUGGAGAGAGCUUUGAAAUCCACAGGUGUUUUGGCUGCUUUACUAUGGAUGUGAUUGCGAGUGUGGCUUUUGGCACGCAUGUGGACUCUCAGAACAACCCCAAUGACCCAUUUGUGUACCACGCCUCCAAGUUCUUCGCCUUUUCUUUUUUCAGACCCAUCAUGUUCCUCUUCAUGGCUUUCCCGUUCCUGGCUGGACCCCUCAGUCGCUUGCUGCGAGAUAAAGAUAGCAGUGAGUUGAGCAAGUUUUUCACCAGCUGCAUUCAGAAACUUAUAAGGCAGAGGGAUGAGUUGCCACCCAGUCAGAGGCGGAGGGACUUCCUGCAGCUGAUGCUGGAUGUGAAGACCAGUAAGGAGUGUGUGUCCCUGGAACACUUUGACGUGGUCAAUCAAGCAGACGAGCAAAUUGUGACUGAAGGAAAUGCAGAAAACUGCCACGAGUCGGCAAAACCCAGCCAGCAGAAAAGGAUAAUGACGGAGGAUGAGAUCAUAGGCCAGGCCUUCAUCUUUUUCCUUGCUGGCUAUGAGACGAGCAGUAACACUCUUGCAUUCACCUGCUACCUGCUGGCCAUCCACCCAGACUGUCAGAAGAAAGUGCAGAGAGAGGUGGACGACUUCUUCAGUAGACACGACUCAGUAAAUUACACAAAUAUUCAGGAGCUGAAGUAUGUAGACAUGGUGCUGUGUGAGACUCUGAGACUGUAUCCACCUGCAUUCAGAUAUGCACGCACUGUUGAGCAGGACUGUGUGGUGAAUGGACAGUUACUGCCUAAAGGAGCAACAAUCGAGAUCCCAGCAGCUUUUCUGCAUACUGACCCAGACUACUGGCAGGACCCCGAGAAAUUCAUACCAGAAAGGUUUACCCCUGAAGCCAAGGCCAGUCGACACCCUUUCGUGUACAUGCCAUUCGGAGCCGGGCCUCGCAGCUGUGUGGGCAUGAGACUCGCUCAGCUAGAGAUUAGAAUUGCACUGGUCAACAUCUUCAAAAUGUUUAAUGUGGUGGCAUGUAAGGACACUGAGGUUCCUCUGGCAUUGAAGUCAACUACCACACUUGGACCCAAAAAUGGCAUUUAUGUCAAAAUUACCAAGAGAGAGAAUGUUAAUGAUGCAUAAGAAAUAGGGAUUGGAGAAAAGUUUAUUUACAAAUAUUUGUACAAUAACGUAAAUAAAUCAUGUAAUCUGAUGUUUCUAUUCUCAUGUUUUGAUAAGAAUCAGAAAUUGCUUAUUAGACAAAAUUGUCUUAUUCUCGCAUUAAUACCAAGGAAAAACAGAAGGAAUAAAAGGUGUGGUUCAUCAGAUUAAUGCUUUUUGUGAAAUUUCUUAUGUCUUAUUAUUUUUACCACCAGAAGGUGGUGUUGUAUCACAAGCCAUCCUUAUGUCUGGAGUGUAGUUGUUUCAGCAGUUGCUAUGUAUUGGCAUUGUUAUAAAAAUGACUAUAUGUGUAUUUCUGUUUAUGAUUUUCUGUUUAUCAUUGUCUCAUAUCACAAGUUUUGACUGGUUAGAAGUUUACUUGAGGAAUAAUAAAUGAAGGAUUUUUAAGUAA